CGUAUCAACAUACGCGUGGCGCGGGACGCCGCUUCCGCAAACAGAAUCGUGGGGAGCUGUGUCGUGUUAGUUCAUGAAGUUUUACCAUCUGUUUAAGUAAUCAAAAAUGGAAAAUUCUGCAAAAGCAGAGGAAUGUGAAAAGAUCUCUCUUGAAGAGGCAAAAGCAUCCAUAGAUUUGGAAACAGAGUCUUCAUUCAGUAGUAGUGAAAACGCAAGUGCUCCUGGGACUGGGCUUUCUGAAAAGGCUUCUACUUGUGGGCAAGUAGACACACCAAAAAAGAGAAAAAUGGAAUUUGAAGAUGAUCUUGUAAAGGAAAGUUCUAGUUGUGGGGAAGACACUCUGUCCAAGAAAAGAAAACUUGAUGCUGAAAUUGUCCCAGAGGAAAAAGGUGCUGGUGAUGAUGAAGGCAUUUCAAGGAAAAGAAGAAUGGAAACUGAUGAUUUUCCAAAAGAUGAACCUUCUACUGGAGAUGGCACUCAGAAAAAGAGAAAAAUAGAACUUGAGGAUGUUCCUGAAAAGCAAAAACACUUGGAAGAAGGACACAGCUCAGCAGUGGCUGCCCACUACAAUGAACUUCAGGAAGUUGGUUUGGAGAAGCGUAGCCAAAGUCGUAUUUUUUACCUAAGGAACUUUAAUAAUUGGAUGAAAAGCAUCCUCAUUGGGGAAUUUUUAGAAAAGGUACGACAGAAAAAAAAAUGUGAUAUCACUGUUUUGGACCUGGGAUGUGGGAAAGGUGGAGAUUUGCUCAAGUGGAAAAAGGGAAGAAUUAACAAGCUAGUUUGUACUGAUAUCGCUGAUGUUUCUGUCAAACAGUGUCAGCAGCGGUAUGAGGACAUGAAAAAUCGUUGUCGUGAUAAUGAAUAUAUUUUCAAUGCAGAAUUUAUAACUGCUGAUUGUUCAAAGGAACUUUUGAUUGACAAAUUUCAUGACCCAAAAAUGUGCUUUGACAUCUGCAGUUGUCAGUUUGUCUGUCAUUACUCAUUUGAGUCCUAUGAGCAGGCUGACAUGAUGCUCAGAAAUGCUUGUGAGAGACUGAGCCCUGGAGGCUAUUUUAUUGGUACUACUCCCAAUAGCUUUGAACUGAUAAGACGCCUUGAAGCUUCAGAAACAGAAUCAUUUGGAAAUGAAAUAUAUACUGUGAAAUUUCAGAAGAAAGGAGAUUAUCCUUUAUUUGGCUGCAAAUAUGACUUCAACUUGGAAGGUGUUGUGGAUGUCCCUGAAUUCUUGGUCUAUUUUCCAUUGCUAAAUGAAAUGGCGAAGAAGUACAAUAUGAAACUAGUCUACAAAAAAACAUUUCUGGAAUUCUAUGAAGAAAAGAUUAAGAACAACGAAAAUAAAAUGCUGUUAAAACGAAUGCAGGCCCUGGAACCAUAUCCUGCAAAUGAGAAUUCCAAACUUGCCUCUGAGAAGGUGGAUGACUAUGAACAUGCAGCAAAGUACAUGAAGAACAAUCAAGUAAGGUUACCUUUGGGAACCUUAAGUAAAUCAGAAUGGGAAGCUGCAAGUAUUUACUUGGUUUUUGCAUUUGAGAAGCAGCAGUGAGCACAUACGCAGUAGCACCAGAACAGCUGUAUUCCAUCUUAUGAUCCAUCUUAGAUAGAUUUGACAACUUUCCAUUUGUUUAUUUUAAUUAUUCUAAAUGUGCAGGAUGCUGCCAGAAACUCCAGUGUAUAAAUUCAACAUUUGCUGUCUGUGACAGAUGAACUUUUGUGUGUGUAUAUAAGAAUAAGUUGGGACCUUUGUCUUUAAAAAUCUAUUUUUAAGUAAUGUUCUAAGAAUUCCAUUUGCCUCUACUCUCUCAGCUCAUAAAAAUUAUAAUAUGACUUGUUAAAGCCGCUGAACUUUUUCCACAGUGUUCUGGUUUGUUCAGUGUUUGUUUACAGUAUUAAAUUUAUUACAGUUAUAAAAUUGAUGAGGGAGCAUACUGAUUUGCAGGUGUAUGUGCUCAUUUCCGUAGUUUUGUUAUAUAGUGUUUUUCAAGAUUAAGUGGAUUGUGUUCUGUACAAUUGAAUGUAGGUGUUCACUAUGUAUUGCUAAAGUUAUAAGUUCAAAACUAAAUUUUAGAUGGUUGUAAAAGUUAUUUGUCUAGAAUUUUAGCCAGUUAUUACAUUUUGUUAUAAAUAAUACUUUCUUAGCUAAUAUGAUGCAAUUCUGGAACUGUAUAGAACAUUUUAGAUGCCAGCAUAGAAUUGUUUUGGAUUUGGGGAGUUUUCUCUUAAGAAUUUCCCACCAUAGCAAUUAAUGUUCUAGGUAUCAAGAAUGUAAUUAGACAGAUUUACCUUUCUUCAUUGAACAAAAAUGCUGUAGUUGUGUUUCUUAAGAUUUCAUGAAAACCUCUCCCAUAAACCUGUUGCACAUUUUCGUCAGAUUUGUAUAUGGAACUGCAAUAGGAGGAUGUGACUGUGAAGGAAGCGAACAGACUUCAGGUUAAUUCUCCCCGAUGUUCCGUCUCGGUUUCUGGCGCCACGUGCUGUAGACCUGUUACCCCCUUCAGCCCAGAAAGAAGCAGUUUCUUUUCCUCUAUUACAAUAUCAUACUUUGCACAGUAGGAUCCAGAGUCUCAUCACCAUUCAGAAUUUGUAUUUGCCAUUUUGGAACUGUUAAAAUUGUCAGCCUUGGCUCCUUGCUUGACUGUUCUUCCAAAACUGACACCUAGGUGAGCUCUUGUCCUCACUUUAUGUCACCAUUUAGGAAACUUGCCAGUUUUUAGAUGUAGUGAAAAACUUAAAGAGCAAAGCAGAGCAAUUAUUACGUAUUCUUUUAAAAAUCAUUUAUUUAAGGCAUAUUUAAAACACAUUGUUUUCUAUAAUUAUCCAGAGUGUUUGAAAAGUAUAGUCUCUUAAUUCGUUUAUAUGUGUUGAUUGUUCGUGGUAUUAGAGUAGCUAAUCUUUUAGCAAGAGAACACGAGUUACCUAAUUUCUGUUCAUUUCUGUUGAUUCUGCAAUCUGUCAAUCUCCAAACUGUUACCAGUUUACAAAAAUUAAGUCUUUUUGCCUUAGUGGUGGUUUGCCAUAAGUCAUUCGGGGAAAUAAAUAAUAGUACUUCGGACUAGGGUGGCUGCUGUUAGCUAGCUAAUGAUGGGGUCUUAGUGUUAACAUAUCCAGGCUCGUUUUAGUUCUGGGUGAAGUGCCAGGAAGUAUUUUUGAUAGUUCAGUAGAGUAUGAAAAGCUUCUUUAUUAUUUCCUAUCUCUAUUCUCGUUUAAUGGUCUUAAUUAAUUUUAAGCAAGUAAUAAAACAUUUUUAGCCUCUUUCUGCUCUUUCCACUCCAUGGAUAAUUUGGGAGAGAGAAGACUCCCCCAAAGGAUGGAGUAAUUGGUGAUAAUACAAAGCAGGGAGAAAAGGAAGGUGGAGUCUCCAGGGCCUUCAGUGGGUAGAAAGGAGCAGAGAGAGCCUGAAAGGAUCAGGCAGGGCUCAGGGGUCUGAGGAAGGUGUUGUGUGUGCAGGAGAGGCGCGGAGCCAUGCUCAGAGGGUGCAGAGUUCCGGCAGUUGCCGUUUCGUUUGAGCUUUGUUGGCCUCAUUGCCAUCUCUGCUUUUCCCUCCACUCCUCGAUGUCUCAUUGCUGCAGUUAAGUGUCUGGGCAGUGACUCAAGAAGAACUGUUAGGAAAAGAUGGCCCCUGCCCACCAUCUCCUAUCACCAAGGUAAACGCGAGUAGGACUCCCCACCCCCCGCCAGCACACGUGCAGUCUAAAUAUUUGGUGAUUUUCCGUUCAAGACUUGUGGUAACUGUUACAAGAGGGGCAUGGCUUUGCACUGUCAGGUCACUGGUGUAAGAGGUUCACGGGAGUGACUGCCGGGCACUCCCAGACAUGUCAUUCAGUUUGUCCUCCAAGGAUAAAAAUAGAAAUAAGGAUCAAAUCAGGCAUUUGUGGAAAGGACACAGCCUGAGAUUGGGAGGAUUGAUCUAGGCUGGAUUCUGGUAGAACUAAGAAUGCUCAAACUGAAUUCUUUGGGGCUAGAAUAUACUACAGGAAAGGCACUACAUAGCUACAGUGUUUGGGAAGAGAAACUGGCCAUUUUCAGCUGCAUCCAAAGGGGAGGUCUCCUAACCUGCAGACUGCAGCAAGCCUGUGGUUAGUGACUCUGCUCUUUCAGUGCCCUCCAAGCCUCUGGUUCUAAUGUGACUCUCGGAAGAAAUUUGCCUUCAGGGAGAGAAGGCAUUGAUUAGAUACUUUGGCUUCUAUGAACUAAUCUGUGUAAUGACUCUGAAAGGUGGAUUAUCAUACAGAGUUUCCUACGCCCUCCCCAAACUUGGAAGGUGAGGAAAUAUGACUGCUGUCUAAAUUUGUGUUAAUAGCAUUAGUAGGGCAUCAGAGCAGAGGUGUAUAAAGUGAGAUGGGCUUUGAAGCAGAGUGCAAUGUUGAUCAGCAAUGGAGAGGCAGAAAAAGCAUUGUCAGCUAGCUACCAGAUGUCCAGAUCUCCAGUCCCAUUAUCUCUUUCGGGAAUUUAUUCUUCAGCUUGUCUUAGCUUCUUGCCAUUAUGUUAUUUUGAAAUGUCUUCAAGUAUCCUUCUAAUCAAGAUUUGGUUUCUUGGAUAGGUCUCCCUUACGGGAGAAAAUGCCAGUAUGAAUAUUCUAGCUACUGAACGUUGUUUUUCAUUGAUGAUAAACUUUUCGUUGUCUACCUCAGGCUUUGUAUGUAUCGUGAGCCAGUCACUGCCAAGAUUUCUUAAGGGUCUUCAAAGUAGAGGUCAUUUCCAGGGACCAGGGCCCUAUAAUAUAAGUUGUACCAAAAUACCUGUUGCUUUUACUGGUCCUUUGGUCAAUAGGAAGCAUAGGUAUAUGAUGUCACCACCUCCCUAGCUGCGGUUAUGUGGAGUACUACACCUGGUGAGAAGUUUCUUCAUUUCCCCACCCUCUGACAGAGCAACAUUCCUGAUUAUUUGAAGGCAGUCAAUGCAAUGACUGCUACACUUAUUUAGUGAUAGACUUAUUUAGCAGAUAUAUAGGGGAUGGAGGUUGGAGGACAGUCACCUCUUCACCUGCAUUCUUCUCCAUUUCUCCUCCACUUCCAUUUAGCCCUGAAGCAUGUGUGCCUGUUCCUCACUGCAAUACUGAGCAAGUGUGGACUUCCAGGAAUACUCUCCUCAGUUUGCCUGGGGAGACUUUUGUGUCGGCCCCAAAGCCCUCUCUGCUCCCUGGACUCAUCCUGUACGAUGCGUCCUUGGGGACAACAUACCUUGGAUAAAGCCAAGUUGACAGCUAAUAUUUAUUAAGCUCCUACCUUAUGUCAAUCACUUUUCUAAAUGUUUUAUAUAUGUUAACUCAUUUUGAUCCUUGUAACAACUGUAUGAGGUAAACACCAUUAUCCCUAUUUUAAUGAUGAGGAAACCAAGGCACAGGAUACAAACUUGCCCAGGGCAGAGCCAGGAUUUGAGCACCCCAUAUCCCCCAAGUCAGGCCUGCACUCCAAUUGCAUGUUAUUUACCUCCAGGAGUGUUAGAAAGGCCCAAAUGACUCCUCGCUGAUCCACUACAUGGGCUUGAAAUGUUAACUAUUGGAGCUACAUCUUUUUGGUUUAAAACUUAGAUACUUGUUUCAAUGUUCCCUGAGAGGAAGAUUUACUCCUGAGUGAGAGGCUGUGAGGCAGAGAGAGCAGGAGGGCACUUGAGUUUACUAGGGGAGGAGGUAAAAAGUGAAUAGUCAACAGGCAGGAGGGGAAGAUAGACUUGGAUUUCACAUUUUGGUAGACCUGCUCCUUUAGUAACCAGACCUGUAGCAAAUGUAGUCUGUAUGUUAACUGGCGUGGGGAGGGGGCUGGUGGUGGAAUCUCCUCUCACCCUCACCUUUUAGAAGUGGCAGUUAGGAGUUGAGAGAGUGUAGCCAAGGGAAGAGGCCAAGAGAAAAGAAAUUAUUUCUUCAGUUUGAGCUGAUUACUCAGGUAGAGGCAAAUCAUUUUGUUUUAACUUUUUACUGAAGUGUAACAUAUAUACAAACAAGUUAGUGAUUUUUAACAAAUAGAACACAUGCAUACAGUCACCACCCAGAUCAACAAACAAUAUUACCAGUACCCCAGAAGCUCCCCUCAUGCUCCCUUCCAGUUACUACCUCCCCAAAGGUAACCACUAUCCUGACAUCUAAGAGCAUAGACGAAUUUUGUCUGUUUUUGGACAUUACAUGAUUGGAAUCAAACAGUAUAUAUUCCUUUGUAUCUGGCUUAUUCUCUCAACAUUAUGUUUAUGAGAUUUUUGUUGCAUGUAAUUGUACAUGGUUUAUUCUCAUGACUGUAUAGUAUUCCACUGUGUGAAUAAACCACGUAUUAUUUAUCUGA